AUGGAGGCGUCUUCGUCGGCGGCGGCAGGGGAGGAGGACUGGGUCCUUCCCUCAGAAAUCGAGGUGUUAGAAUCUAUCUAUCUGGAUGAACUGCAAGUGAUUAAAGGAAAUGGCAGGGCUUCGCCAUGGGAGGUCUGCAUCACCCUGCACCCUGCCACGGCAGAAGACCAGGACUCUCAGUACGUCUGCUUCACUCUGGUGCUUCAGGUCCCAGCCCAGUAUCCCAAUGAGGUGCCACAGAUCUCUAUUCGUAACCCCCGAGGACUCUCAGAUGAACAGAUCCACAAGAUUGCACAGGCCCUGGGCCACGUGGCCAAGGCUGGGCUGGGGACUGCCAUGCUCUAUGAGCUCAUCGAGAAAGGGAAGGAAAUCCUCACAGAUAACAACAUCCCACACGGCCAGUGUGUCAUCUGCCUCUAUGGCUUCCAGGAGAACGAGGCCUUCACGAAGACACCGUGUUACCACUACUUCCACUGCCACUGCCUCGCCCGGUACAUCCAGCACAUGGAGCAGGAGCUGCGGGCUCAGGGACAGGAUGCGCAAGAGCAGGAACGGCAGCAUGCCACAGCCAAACAGAAGGCUGUUGGUGUGCAGUGUCCAGUGUGCAGAGAGCCCCUCGUGUAUGAUCUUGCCUCACUAAAAGCAGCCCCUGAACCCCAACAGCCCAUGGAGCUGUACAAGCCCAAUGCAGAAAGCCUGCGCCAACAGGAAGAGCUAAGGCGGCUCUACCAGAGGCAGCAGGAGAGGGGGGGCAUCAUCGACCUGGAGGCUGAACGUAACCGGUACUUUAUCAGCCUGCAGCAGCCACCUGCCCAUUUGGAACCUGAGUCAGCUGUAGAUGCCUCCAGAGGAUCCCAACCGCUCAGUGCCCUUGCCACAGAACUGUCUCCUUCAUCCACUGCCCAACCUACCCAGUCAGCUCCUCUGCCUGUGGCUUCCCAGUAUAUGUGCGAGAAGAUUCCAGGGACUGGGCCAAAUCAACAAAGAUUGAGCGAGACACAGAAAACUGUCCUGGAUACCCCCCGGACCAACCGAGGCCCCGGGAGACAGCCUGAACGGAGGCACCUAAAGGGAGAAUACAAUGCCCACAAAGGUACCAAAGACACCCAAGAACUGCCACUUCCUGAGGGGCCCUCCAAGGAGCCCAUGGACAUAAAGCCAGAAGAACCCCGUAACCGAGGGGUUGGAGGUCCUUCCCAAGAGAAUGGGCCUGGCAACUGUCAGGGUCCCCCGCCCCGCAGGACUCGGGACUGUGCUCGCUGGGAGCGUUCCAAGAGUCGGACACCAGGUUCUUCCCACCCCCGCCUGCCUCGGGGUCGGGGAACCUACUCACCUGGUACUCGAAGGGAGCCCGUGAGCCUGGAAUCAGAGGAUGGUUCCUAG